UCCCAGCAGUAGCUCGCCUCCCUCCCCCGACUCCACAUACACCUGUGCAAUGUCCGGGCAGCAGUAGGUGCAGAGGAGUGUGUCAUACAAGCAGAAUUUCCUACUCCCAAACCGUCCCGAACCAGGAAGUGACUAAAGUCUUCACGCUCCUCUCCUGAGAGCAACACGUCCCCGCCUGCUCAUGGCACUGCCUGCGGCGGAGUCCUCCGGGGGCACAACUGAUGGCUGGAGAAAUGCACGUCCUGACCACAUUGGACCAUCUGCCCUGGAACUCCACCUCUGCGGAGCAAGGGGCCAGAAAUGGGUCCCAGUCCCACUUUUGGUACAACACAAACAAGACUCAGCUCUUGGGUGUUUUGCUGGCAAUCACUGGAAAUUUUCUGAUUAGUAUCUCUUUGAAUAUCCAGAAAUAUGCUCAUCUCCGACUGGCAUGCCAAGCAAAUCAAAAGCCCUAUUACGCAAGCAAGCUGUGGUGGUGUGGAAUUAUCCUCAUGGGGCUUGGAGAGUUGGGGAAUGCUGCAGCUUAUGGAUUUGCUCCAGCCACCCUUAUAGCUCCAUUAGGAUGUGUCUCCGUCAUAGGCAGCGCGUUUAUAUCUGUCUUAUUCCUAAAAGAAACCAUGAGGGCUGCUGAUAUGUUAGGUGGAACCCUGACAAUUGCAGGAACAUAUUUGUUGGUGACAUUCGCUCCAAAUGUAACCCAGGAGUUCACGGCAACUAAAAUACAGAAUUAUUUAAUUAGCUGGCAGUUUCUGAUCUAUGUGAUCUUAGAAAUAAUAAUAUUCUGCAUUCUUCUGUAUUUCUGCGAAAGAAAGGAUGUGAAGCACAUUGUGGUUUUGUUAAUGAUGGUAGCACUACUAGCAUCAUUGACUAUCAUUUCAGUAAAGGCUGUGGCAGGCAUGAUAACAUUCUCUGCAAAGGGCAAAAUGCAGCUGACAUACCCCAUUUUCUAUAUCAUGUUCAUUAUUAUGGUGACAUCUUGUGUUUUCCAAGUCAAGUUCUUAAACCAAGCUAUGCAGCUCUACAAUGCAACAGUCGUUGUGCCGAUUAACUUUGUGUUCUUCACCACCAGUGCCAUCAUUGCAGGGAUCAUAUUUUAUCAGGAAUUCCAAGGUGCAGCUUUGCUGAGUGUGUUCAUGUUUCUAUUUGGGUGUCUUCUGUCGUUUCUUGGCGUGUUUGUAAUCACACGAAAUCGAGAAGAGGAGCAUUUGCAAAUUCCUUAUAUUGAUUGUGGACACAUUCCUGGAAAAAACAAAAUUGACAAAAUACAGCCGGAUUCAAACAGCUUAUCCUAUGGCACUUUGCAUGACGAAGAUGACUGGACGAGCGCUCAGAGCUAAGAGCAGCUUCAGUUCCAGGAACUCUCUAUUCAUUGACAUCAUAUUCAUUACCCCAUGUUGAUUGCAUAUAUUCAGUGUGUGUGUCAUGUUAUUUUAUGUUUAGCACCCUUAGUGUUAUUUAAGUAUCCUCAAGUAUCCCCUGCCUAUCACAAAUGUGUUACGAUGAGCAAGGAGGGCUAUAAAGCUAGUAACCGUUAAAUGGAGCUGGACAUUUUCCUGAUAAAACACCUCUUACUGGUGGUUUAGGGUCAGGUUUUUAAAGGUAUUUAGAUGCCUAAAGAUGCAACUAGCCACAUAGUAGGAUUUUCAAAAGCACCCACUUCACCUGCCUGUUUUUAUAGGUGCUUAAUUCCUUUAAAAAUCAGUCAUCAAAAUAUAGUGUGUUUCUAUGUAAGCAUCCGUUGGGAGAAAUCCUGCUUGCCUUAUUCAUACAGCUAGUCCCAUUACCUUCAAAGGAACUAUACAUGUGAGUAAGGUGAGUGGGAUUUGUUCCAAUACAUAUAUAUGGAUGCAUACACAUGGUAUGUAAUUUAUGUUGAGAUACGGUAAAAGGCUUGGUAUUAUAAAUUCCUCCAAAGGAGUCCUCUGAGAGGGGAGCUUGUCUCUGUCCUGCUGGAUUGGAGCAGCAAGCAGCUAUUUCAAUACAAUAUGUUCUGAGCCUUACCCCCUGUGUCUUCAUUAAAUGUUUUUGGUGGGGAUUUUGAAGAGGUUACACACUAUUCCAAUAGAGGAAUGGGAAGCCAACCUGUUGUAUUUUGAAUAGGCUUGACUGGGGAAAAAGUGAGUUCAAUAUAUGGGGCAAAAAUGUUGUGAGGGUAAAAGAAUCAGGAUCACGAAGGAUAAGCCACUGGGCUAAAAUAUAUCUUUUUCCUUCCUACAAAGACUUCCCUGCAUUAAGCUAGAGAGCUAGUACUGGCAGCAGCUGUGGUCAUGUAGAAUGAGUUUGGCGCUUUGAGUCAGAAGGUUGUAAUCCUACUGUAGCUGCUGACUCACAGGAGAAAGUUACUUACGGCCAUAGGGAGCUACACAGCCUCAGUUUCUGCUUCUGUCUGAUAAUACUGAUCUACCUCAUGGGCAUGUUGUGAGGAUUAGAUGGGUGCUUUGGGGGGAAAGAAGAAGCACUUUAUAAGUGUUCAGGGUUACUAUCUCAGCCUUGUACAAAAACAUUUGGCUCUUUUUAAAGUGCAUGUCAUAUAUCAUAUGCAGCUAUCUUCAGUGGGGUCUGCUGAAUGAUGCCUCCUUUAAACAAUAUUUUUGUAAUCAUGCUCCAAUACGUCUGUUUGUCUAUGGUGCCACAGGACUCUUUGCUGCUUUUACAGAUCCAGACUAACAGGACUACCCCUCUGAUACUUUAUUUUAGAAGAGAUCCAGUCAAAGCGACUAGAGUAGUUUAACACUGUGAUUUGUUUAUAAGACAUGUUGAAGUACCUAGAGAAUGGUGGUACAUUUUGCUAUACAUUAAUCUUCCUACAUCCAAGAUUCAGGGCAUUUUUUUUAAUUUAUGA